AUGGCAGCAGGAGGUGGUUUACCGGACGAUUGCUGGGAAUAUGUGAUAUCCAAACUAGUAUGUGAUAACCAUUGGUACUUAGAUACUCUAUCCCUUGUUUCCAAACAGUUCCUCUCCAUCACAAACCGUUCUGUUUAUUCCUUAGCAUUAAUCUGCAAUCCAUGGCCACUCUAUUGCCUCUUCCAAAGGUUCCCAAACCUCAAAUCCCUCGACCUCUCUGGCUUCCGCGGUGACCUAAACACACUUCUCUCUCGAUUCCCUCCUUGGUGUUCCAUCACUUCUCUCAACCUCUCCAACCACCCCACCUUCCCCGUAUUAGGGUUGCAGACUAUUCUCAAAAACACCACUAUAUCAUCAACCUUGACCUCUCUGACUUGUUCAAAUAUUAUUUCUCUCAAAUCUAUUGAUAUAACCUUCAUUGCAGAUUCUUUCCCGUUCCUCCAAGAUUUGAAUAUCAGCUUUCCCCUAGGAUUGAGCGGCUAUGAGGAUUACAACAAUGCUCUAAAGGUUCUUACUCAAAAGCUUUCAAAACUCUGCAAGGUUAAUCUCAGUGGUAACAUUGAUGAUUCAUCCCUCCUUCAACUGUGUUUGAACUGUGAGUUUCUAGAAGAGGUGGUUUUGUUUUAUUGCCCUCGCAUAACAGAUGAUGCACUUGACCCUCCUCCUUUGAGGAAACUUGUCCUCAAAGAUUGCUCCAACUACACAUAUUCUGGGAUAUAUUAUUUAUUGUCAAAGUGUCAAUCACUGAAGCAUCUAGAUAUUCAAAAAGCAACGUUUUUGAAUGAUCCACUUUUCAAUAAGCUGUGCGCUUUUCUUGGUGAUUUGGUGUUUAUUAAUGUGAGUGGUUGUGAAUUGCUCACCAAUUUUGCCUUGUUUGCACUCCUUAAGAACUGUCCUUUACUCACUGAGAUCAAAAUGGAGUCAACAGGAAUUGGAAAGGUUUCAAUGCCGUCACAGGAUUUGGUUGUAUACCAUCAAGUGAAGUCUCUCCAUUUGGCUUCCAAUUCAUGUUUGCGAGAUGAAGACAUCCACAUGUUUGCUUUCCUGUUUCCUAAUAUGCAACUUCUUGAUUUGAGCUCUUGCUUUUACAUUAAAGAAGGUAUUGAUAUAGUGUUAAAGAAAUGUCGUAAGAUUAGGCAUUUUAAAUUUGUCCGGUGCCGACAAGCUAAUCUAUGUUUGAUCAACUAUGAAGCUUCCAAACUCGAGAGAAGGGAGUGA